AUGGGGAAGGGCGUCCCCUGUAUGCGACGUGCAGGAGCUUCGCCUGACUCCAGUGAGAAAUAUGCGAGGGCUACUCAGUCUGGAGCUGACUCGGCCAACGACGAUAGCUCCAAAGCCAAAGAACAGAAAUUGGAUAGGGAUUAUAUUAUGAAUUGGAACGAAGGAAAAUGUGACAGUACGGCAAACCUAAGAGAUAUCACGAGUUGUAAAAUAAUUUACGGGGAGAGUACAGCAUCGCAGCAUAAGGUUGUUGCGAUGGACUGGGAGUAUGAGAGGAAAUAUAAAUGUGGCAAGAGCCAAGGCUAUAGCACUGGAUAUGUACAAAGAGUCAGAAGAAAAGGGGGAAGAAAACCAAAAUUGAGAACUGCAAAGGCCCGGGAUAAAGCAACCAAAGAAUACACCCAGAUUAUACAGAUGGAAGAUGGAGAGGGAAUGGUGCAAAAUAAAGAGGAGAAGAUCAGAGACAGAUGGAAAAGCUACUUUGAAUCCUUGUUGAACGAAGAAAAUCAUAGAGCAGUUUUUGAGGAUGGAGCUCCUAACUUUGGAGUGCCCUGUGAUAUAAGGAGGCAGGAAGUUAAAGAUGCAUUGAGGAAGAUGAAAAAUGUCAAAGCGACUGGACCUGACAACAUACCAGCAGAAGUCUGGAAGUGUCUAGGGGAUGAAGGAAUUGAUAUGUUGUGGGAUUUAAUGACAAAAAUCUGUGAGGAGGAAAAGAUCCCCAAUAAGUGGAGGGAUAAUGUCAUUAUACCUAUAUAG